AUGGAGUGGACCAAUGGCACUGUGGUGAGAGAGUUUGUCUUCCUGGGCUUCUCUGCUCUGACUGGGCUGCAGCAGCUACUCUUCGUGAUCUUCCUGCUCCUCUACCUCUUCACUCUGGGCACCAAUGCCAUCAUCAUUUCCACCAUUGUGCUGGACAGAGCCCUUCAUACUCCCAUGUACUUCUUCCUCUCGGUCCUCUCCUGCUCUGAGACUUGUUAUACCUUUGUUAUUGUGCCCAAGAUGCUGGUGGACCUGCUGACUGAGAAGAAGACCAUCUCCUUCCUGGGCUGUGCCAUCCAGAUGUUCACCUUCCUCUUCCUGGGCUGCUCUCACUCCUUCCUGCUGGCAGCCAUGGGUUAUGAUCGCUAUGUGGCCAUCUGCAACCCACUGCGCUACACUUUGCUCAUGGGCCAGAGAGUGUGUGUGGGACUAGUGGCUGCUGCCUAUGCCUGUGGUUUCACAGUGGCUCAGAUCAUCACAUCUUUGGUAUUUCAUCUGCCCUUCCACUCCUCCAACCAACUGCAUCACUUCUUCUGUGACAUCUCUCCUGUCCUCAAACUGGCAUCUUACCAUACCCAUUUCAGUCAGAUUAUCAUCUUCAUGCUCUGUGCAUUGGUCUUGGUUGUUCCCCUGUUGAUGAUCUUGGUAUCUUACAUUCGUAUCAUCUUGGCAAUCAUCCAGUUUCCUUCCACGCUGGGCAGGUACAAAGCUUUCUCCACCUGUGCUUCUCACCUCAUUAUUGUCAUUGUCCACUAUGGCUGUGCCUCUUUUAUCUACCUAAGGCCUAAGUCCAACUACUCCUCAAGCCAGGAUGCUCUGAUAUCAGUAUCCUACACCAUCCUAACUCCAUUAUUCAACCCAAUGAUUUAUAGCUUAAGAAAUAAAGAGUUCAAAUCAGCUCUUUGUAGAGUUGUGGGAAGAACAAUUUCUCUGCCACAUUAA